AACCGAAAAGCAACAGCUGAUGGCAAAUUCGCUCCGGCGCUAGCACGCCCCCUCGGCGGCCGUCUCCUGUUGCUUCUCGGAGCCUGACUGCCCUUUGGAAAAAUCUCCCCGCUCCCCCGCGAGAGAAGGGAGCAGAGGACGCGCGCGAGCACGGAGCGGGAGGACGGGCAGGGAGAGGAGAGGGGGUCUGCGCGCCGCCGCUACCCAGAAGCCAGCUGACGGCGGCACGAGCCGGGGGGUCCCCGCGCCCAGCCCGGAGCGAGCCCCCGCCCUCGCCCCCGCCCCCGCUCCCGCAGGACGCGCCUCCCAGCCGGCCCGACUCCUAGGAGGAGGGGAGGCGGGAAAGCAGCUCGAGCCUCACCCACCGCCCUGCCCCCAGCCCCGCCACUCCCAGGCUCCUCGGGACUCGGCGGGUCCUCUUGGGAGUCUCGGAGGGGACCGGCUGUGCAGACGCCAUGGAGUUGGUGCUGGUCUUCCUCUGCAGCCUGCUGGCCCCCACGGUCCUGGCCAGUGCAGCUGAGAAGGAGAAGGAAAUAGACCCUUUUCAUUAUGACUACCAGACCCUGAGGAUUGGGGGACUGGUGUUCGCUGUGGUCCUCUUCUCGGUUGGGAUCCUCCUUAUCCUAAGUCGCAGGUGCAAGUGCAGUUUCAAUCAGAAGCCCCGGGCCCCAGGAGAUGAGGAAGCCCAGGUGGAGAACCUCAUCACCGCAAACGCAACAGAGCCCCAGAAAGCAGAGAACUGAAGUGCCGGCCUCAGGUGGAAGCCUCCAGAACCUGAAGGCCACUGCUUGAACCUUUGGAUGCAAAUGACGCUUAAGAAAGCCGGUCACUUCAGCAACAGCUCUUUCCCCAGGAGAAGCCAAGAACUUCUGUGUCCCUGCCUUCCUCUCCCCUCUAACGCCAUUCCUCUACCUGAUAAUGCAACUAACACUGGCCUCCCCACGCAGCCUGCGGCCCCGCCCACCUCCUGUGAUGUGUCUGUGUGUGAGUGUGUGUGUUUGCUGACUGUGGUCUUCGUGGCUACUCGUUCGUGGAUGGUAUUGUGUUUGUUAGUGAACUGUGGACUCGCUUUCCCAGGCAGGGGCUGAGCCACAUGGCCAUCUGCUCCUCCCUGCCCCCGUGGCCCUCCAUCACCUCCUGCUCCUAGGAGGCUGCUUGUUCCCCGAGACCAGCCCCCUCUCCUGAUGGAGGGAUGCAUAGGGUAAGAGCACGGGCAGGAGUCUUCAGUCAUCCUGGGACCUGGGAAGGUUUGCAGCACCUUGUCAUCAUUCUUCAUGGACUUCCUUCAUGCCUUCAGCAAGAACCUCACUUCCUUAUCGCACCCUGACCCCGGUCUGAAGGUCUUUUAGCAAUUGAAGAUACAAAGCAAGUUGCUGGUGAGCCCAGCGUUGACUUCAGGCAAGCUCUGCCCUUCCAUGGUUAAUUUCUUCCUGGGGGCUUCCACGAAUAGUCCCCAUCUGCCCCUUCACAGAAUACCCGGGAUUCCAGACCCAGGGCUUCUACUCUGCCCCUGGGGAAUAUGUCCCCUGCAUAUCUUCUCAGCAAUAACCCCAUGGCCUCUGAGACUCUACCCCUCCCAACCUUCCCUGCUUCUGAGAUUUCAAUCUACAGCCCAGCUCAUCCAGAUGCAGACUCCAGUCCCUGCAAUUGGGUCUCUGUCAGGCAGUAGCUGAGGGAUUUCCAUUCCGUUGGGGCCAGCACACUGGGAUGGGUGGAGGGACAGAAGAAGCCUUUGCUUCUCUGCUCACGUCUCCUUGGAUGGGCAGCAGAGGAACUCCUGCCUCCUUCGCUCUGCCUGUUGGUGGUCAGAGCGGUGAGCGAGGUGGGUUAGAGACUCGGCAGGCUCUGUGCAGCCCCUGGGAAUGGUGAGAGGUUGAAGGUCAUAACGAGAGUGGGAACUCAACCCAGAUCCCACCCCUCCUGUCCUCUGUGUUCCCGUGGAAACCAGCCAAACCGUGCGCUGUGAUCCAUUGCUGUUUUCUGUGUCGUGAUCUAUCCUCUCAACAAUGACAGGAAAAAGGAAUAAAACAUCCUUUGUUUCCUAGUG